UACCUGCAGUUUGUAUCAAGAAGCUUUCGCCGUCGAGAUUAGGUGGAGAAGCUCGCGCUUACUCGCCGGACGGACGUCUCAGUUUGUUUCCGCGAUCCUUCAAGGGCUCCCGUCCUACUGUACCCUUUUAAUACUGGCGCGGCUGAGGCUAAAUAUCAGAUCGGGUGAUGCAUUGCCCGCCUACGUACUAGCACCGUGGUGGUUUUCCGACGCCGACCCACAGAAUAAUUCUAGCAGUACCACUGCCUUUUCAUUCACACAAGCCAAGCGAGGCGCCAAAAGCACGCCAAUUGGGCCGCGCAUUACGCCAAGUUGCACGCCCUUGUUCUGACGUCGAUUGGCCCCCUUACGUGCUACGACCCCAGCUCGUUGCCGAGGGGAUAAGUGUUUGCUUGCUUGCUCCCCUUCGUCCCUCCCACUGUUCGCUUACCACUUUGGUUCGGCCGUGGUGCGUGCAGAGAAGAAGCAGCAGCAGCAGAAGCAGAAUUAUCAGAGGCGCAAAGGCUUGCGUGCGGUCUGAAGGAACCCCGAAAAGGCCGAGAAGAAAACAAGAUAAAAGGUGGUAGAGUGGACUUGUCGACGCGUCCAUGGGUUGCGGCUUGUCGACGCCGGACAGCGAUGGCGGCGGCGGCGGCGCGCGGAGGAAACAGGGCAGCGUCGGCGACGUCGUCGUCUUCCUCCCGGGGCUCCGGGCGCCCAUGGGCGUGGACUUGUCCCAGGCGCUCGCGGGGCGCCUGGACAAGGGCGCCGUGGAGAGGCUGUCGGCCCUGAGAGCGCGCGUCGUCGACAUGGCAAUGCAAGAAUCGGCGGUGGCGCUCAAGCCCAGGCGGAAGGCCGCCGCACGGCACGGAUCUAGCACUGCUAACCUCCUGCAGGCGCUGGAGGACUACUUGCCACUUCUGCUAGGAUUGGUGAAAGAAGGUAGUGAGUUGAGGCACAGCGUGCAGUUUGUGUGGACUAACCAAGAGGACAAGGCCGAGGAGACGGCCAUGGCGGAUGCAUGGUACGAGGUGCUGUCCGUGCUGCAUUUGAUGGCCAUGGUCUGCUUGCUGCAGGCCAACUCCCUGCUCCUGCCAAGGGCUUACGGCGAUGGUUACGGGCCACGGGUCUCUGAAGAGAGCAGACGUGCCACCGUCGACGUUUUCUUGAAAGCAUCUGGCUACUUGGACUGCGCGAUUCGACAAGUGCUCCCACAGAUACCAUCAGAACUAAGGAGACAACUUCCAGUAGACCUGGCUGAAGGAAAUCUCAAAGCUCUUAGCCUGCAAGCUCUGGGUCAGGGUGUUGACAUGCAGCUUGGGCUGGCAAUCGAUAGCCCAAAGGCCACACAAGCUGUAAAAAGGCGCUUAGCUUGUGAGAUGGUCAAAUAUUGGCAUCAGGUUCAGGAGAGCAUUCCAGAUCUUCCUGUGUCUGACGGAUGGGGAAAAAAGCAUCUACUAUUUGUCAAGUGGAAGUAUGUCGAAGCAAAGUCUGCAGCAUACUACUUCCAUGGUUUGAUUCUUGACGAAGGAAACAGCGAGAAAUCUCAUGGAAUGGCAAUAGCAGCAUUGGAAGCUUCGGAGGAAUUUCUGAAAGAAAGCAAAAGGGCCUCUGAAGCCUUCCAUGCAACUCCUCCAACAUCUAGGAGCCCCACUCCAUUUGGAACAGCCAAGUAUCUGUUUGACAAGAUCCCGAAAGAGGCUUCAAGCAAGGUCCGGAUCAACCAGGACCUGUAUACUCCAGAAAGGGUCAUUGGAGCACCACCCCCGUUGCCGGAUUUCUCAUUGGCACUAACACCUGAAGACUAUGAUCUUCCUCCAUUAGACCCACUUUGGAACAAAGAAGAUGGUCACCAGUAGUGUAUAUUCAGCCUUCAGCAAGAGUGUCUUCUGAUGGGAAGGCUCUGGCACUACUGAGAAAGCAACGACCAGGAUUCUGCCAUGCGGAGGCCGAACACGGUGCAAAGGAAGUGUACAAAGAUAUGUUCCGACCGAAAAUUUGACGUCGGCAAAUUGGAAGCAAAUUUUACAAAGGCCUGAAGAUAUCUGAAGAGCAUUUUUACAGUUAAAUCUUCUCUGACAAUGGAAACACAUUGUCAAAAGCUUUCCAACAAUUCCUGUAAAAAUUAUAUUUCCAAUGAGCGUCAUGGUUCCUUUUUCUUAGGAUUUUCUGACCAUGGCUUAGUUUUGUGGCCAUUCUGAGCCUAUUAAUGUGGUAAAUUUACCAAACAUGAUCCUGAUUUUCAUUCAA